GAGAGGAAACCAGCCUCACACCCCCACAUUGGGCAUCCCGGCCAAAACAGGAGGAAGAUCACGAACGCACGCGCACACCGCGCUCCACCGAAGCGGCAGUAAGAGCGGUUCCGGGCUCUCCGCGCACCUCCCGCCUCCCGGAGGGGCCGAACGGGCACACUCCUGACGUCAUCGCCGCGCGCCGCCGCCUGCGCUUUUGCUACUUCGCGGGAGAAGUUGUUGGCGCCAAUGGAUCCCGAACACCGAUAACGGAUUCUCCCAGCUGGCGGCCUGCCCACCUGCUCCUCCUCGGUUGUGGGGCUGCGAUGGACAUUCGGAAAUUCUUUGGCGUUAUACCAAGUGGAAAAAAACCUGUAAAUGAAACAGUAAAGAAGAAUGACAAAACAAAAUCUGCAGAGGACACUGUCAGAGGAAAGAAAGGAAUAAAGGAGAUCAAGGUAAAUAGCUCCUGUAAAGAGGAUGCCUCCAAACAAAAGCAACCAAACAAGAAGAAGAGAAUCAUCUAUGAUUCAGAUUCAGAAUCAGAGGAGACAAUACAGGUAAAACAUGCUAAAAAGUCAUCAGAAAAAUUGUCAUUGUCUUCUAAACCUGGGAAAAUUUCACAGAAGGACCCUGUUACAUACAUAUCUGAGACAGAUGAAGAUGAUGACUUUGUGUAUAAAAAAGCAACCUCCAAACCAAAAGAGAAUGGAGUAUCUACAAAUAGUCACCUUGAAGCAUCAAGCAUGAAAAGGAAUGAAGAAAGCACUAGAACUAAGAAUAAACCUUUAUCACCAAUAAAACUUACACCAACAUCAGUGCUUGAUUAUUUUGGAACUGGAAGUGUCCAAAGAUCUGGGAAGAAGAUGGUGGCAAGUAGAAGAAAAGAGCCUUCUCAAAAAGCAGAGGAUUCCAGAUUAAAUGAUGAAGCCAUUGCCAAGCAGUUGCAGCUUGAUGAAGAUGAAGAGCUGGAGAGGCAGUUGCAUGAAGACGAAGAGUUUGCCAGAACAUUAGCCAUGUUGGAUGAAGAACCAAAGACCAAAAAAGUCCGAAAAGACACCGAAGAGGGAGAAACGUUUUCAUCUGUCCCAGCUGAUUUAAGUAAAGCAGAAAAAUAUAAAAGCCCCAAUAAAGAACAGUUUUUAAAUGAAAGAAAGAUCUAUAGUCCUAAUAAGCAAACUAAGUGUGGAAGCUCAAAAGAAUCUCAGCAGCAUUCCAGAUCUUCAGCUCAUCAAGUACAAGUGUGUUCUUCUCCAAAGGCCAGUUCCAAGCUGGCACUUAUGAAAGCGAAAGAAGAGAGGUCUAACAAAGAAACUGAGCCAGUGGCCUCGAAAAGAAAAGAAAGUGCCAUUGAACCGAAGGAGAAAAAAACUCCUAAGAAAACCAAAAGUUCUCCAGUUAAAAAAGAGUCUGUAAGUCCAGAAGAUGCUGAAAAGAAACGCACUAAUUAUCAAGCUUAUCGAAGCUACUUAAAUCGAGAAGGUCCCAAAGCUCUGGGCUCCAAAGAAAUACCAAAGGGAGCUGAAAAUUGCUUGGAAGGUCUGACAUUUGUGAUCACAGGAGUGCUGGAGUCCAUUGAACGGGAAGAAGCCAAGUCUCUAAUUGAGCGUUAUGGGGGAAAAGUAACAGGAAAUGUGAGCAAGAAAACAAACUACCUCGUCAUGGGCCGGGACAGCGGACAGUCCAAGAGUGACAAGGCAGCAGCUUUGGGAACAAAAAUAGUUGAUGAAGAUGGCCUAUUGAAUCUGAUUCGAACUAUGCCAGGCAAGAAAUCAAAGUAUGAAAUAGCAGUUGAAGCUGAGAUGAAGAAAGAAAAAUCCAAAUUGGAGCGAACACCCAAAAAAAAUGACCAAGGAAAAAGAAAAAUUAGUUCAACCAAGAAAGAAUCAGAAUCCAAAAAGAGCAAGCUGAUGCCCCGAAGAGACAGCCCUGCAAAGGCAGCCAAAAAGGAAACAAAAGAAGCCGACAUGUUUCGUAGGGGUCUGGACUUCAAGGAGCAGGUGGCCACUGAGACAAAUGGGGACAGCAGGGCUGGGGGUUCAGCUGAAGGUGGCAGUGAGAACAGAGUGGAAAGUUUGCUCUGGGUGGAUAAGUACAAGCCCACCUCACUCAAGAACAUCAUUGGGCAGCAAGGCGACCAGAGCUGUGCCAACAAACUGCUACGCUGGCUCCAAAACUGGCACAGCAGUUCUCCUGAAGAGAAAAAACAGGCAAAGUUUGGUAAAUUUGCUAGCAAAGAUGAUGGCUCUAGUUUUAAGGCAGCAUUGCUGUCAGGCCCUCCAGGUGUUGGCAAAACCACCACAGCUUCUCUGGUGUGUCAGGAAUUGGGCUACAGCUAUGUGGAACUAAAUGCAAGUGACACUCGGAGUAAGAACAGUUUGAAGGCAAUCAUUGCUGAAUCACUAAACAACACCAGCAUCAAAGGCUUUUAUACAGGUGGAGCAACUUCUGUGAGCACGAAGCAUGCGCUCAUCAUGGAUGAGGUUGAUGGCAUGGCAGGCAAUGAGGACAGGGGUGGAAUUCAGGAAUUAAUUGGCCUGAUAAAACAUACCAAAAUUCCCAUUAUUUGUAUGUGCAAUGAUAGAAAUCACCCCAAGAUUCGCUCUUUGGUUCAUUAUUGUUUUGAUCUUCGUUUCCAAAGACCUCGGGUUGAACAGAUUAAGAGUGCAAUGCUGUCUGUUGCAUUUAAAGAGGGCUUAAAGAUUCCCCCUCCAGCUAUGAAUGAAAUAAUUUUGGGAGCUAAUCAAGAUAUACGACAGGUUUUACACAACCUGAGUAUGUGGUGUGCACGAAAUAAGGCACUAACCUAUGACCAAGCCAAGGCUGAUUCUCAGAGGGCCAGGAAGGAUAUCAAACUGGGCCCAUUUGAUGUUGCCCGGAAAGUGUUUGCAGCUGGAGAGGAGACUGGACAUAUGUCACUUAUGGACAAAUCGGACCUCUUUUUCCAUGAUUAUUCCAUAGCGCCUCUCUUUGUCCAGGAGAACUACCUCCAUGUGAAGCCUGUGGCUGCAGGGGGUGACAUGAAAAAGCACUUGAUGCUUUUAAGCCGGGCAGCAGAUAGCAUAUGUGAUGGUGACUUAGUGGACAGCCAGAUCCGGAGUAAGCAAAACUGGACCCUUCUGCCCACACAGGCCAUUUAUGCCAGUGUUCUUCCUGGAGAGUUGAUGAGGGGCUACAUGACCCAGUUUCCCACCUUUCCAAGCUGGCUCGGGAAGCACUCAUCCAUGGGCAAACAUGAUCGCAUUGUACAGGACCUCGCCUUGCACAUGAGUCUUAGAACCUAUUCGAGCAAAAGGACUGUGAACAUGGAUUACCUGUCCCAUAUAAGAGAUGCACUUGUACAACCCUUGACCUCACAGGGGGUGGAAGGAGUUCAGCAUGUUGUUGCACUUAUGAACACAUACUACUUGAUGAAAGAAGACUUUGAGAGUAUCAUGGAAAUUAGCAGCUGGGGUGGCAAACCUAGUCCCUUUUCCAAGCUGGACCCCAAGGUGAAAGCGGCUUUCACAAGAGCUUACAACAAGGAAGCCCACCUCACCCCAUAUUCACUUCAGAUAAUAAAGACGUCUAGACCUAGCACAGGCCCAGCAUUGGAUUCUGAAUACAAUGAAGAGUUACAGGAAGAUGAUUCCCAGUAUGAGAAAGAGCAGGAUGCAAUAGAAACUGAUGCCAUGAUCAAGAAAAAGACAAAAUCUUCAAAGCCCUCAAAACCAGAAAAAGCUAAGGAGUCCAAAAAAGGAAAAGGAAAAAGUUGGAAGAAGUGAAACCAUUUUCCAGUAUCAGUAGCUGCUUUUGACUUACCUUCUCAACCAGUCCAGCUGGUUAAGAGAAAGCAAGCCUUGCUUUUUCCAGAGGAAUCACGUGUAGCACAAUGGGACAACCUGGUGGUCCCAUUAUAAAGGGACGGUAUACGGUAUAGCUGGAAGGCCUCACAAUCGGCUCUCAUACACCUCUCAUAGAGGUUGAUAGGACUGCUGAGUCCUCCGCUGUUCUAUAGGACUGCUGGGUCCUUCACUACCCCUGUCAAUUGAAGUAGGGUGCUGUAGAACCAGACCUAGAAAUUACACAGGCUCUGGAGUCAGAUUUUAGUCACCUAUAGCCAGCUGGGAGCCUUGGGACUGAGGUGUCUUUUAUAGCUUACCGUUUUAUCCUAAUGGCCUUCACAGGACCAAUACAGAUUCUUGUGGUGGUUCUUAUUUUAUGGUGAAAUUUUGUAAAUAAAUCAUAAUAUGAAGCAACCACCACCACCUGGGAGUUCUUUGUAUAUUGUCAGAUAUCUUACAGAAUAUGAAGUAGGAAAUUUCCACAUGAUACAUGUAUAAUUUUUUUUCUCAAGAUUACCAUCUUGUACAGCAAAAUAUUAUGUUGGUAUAUUACUUUCCUUAUUUGCAAAUGAUUAGAUUAAAAUACUCUGUUCCUUAAUAACCAGCUGUGUGAAUCACAACACUGGAAGUUCAAGGGUCAGAGCUCACACUCCCAGCAUCCCUCUGCACUGACCACAUUGCUGCUGUGAGUGGAAUCUCAUGGAGAGGCCUCUUAGCUAUUAGGAGAGGGUGUGCGGACACAGGCUUGCUUGCUACAGUCAUGUUCUUCUGUAGGAGAGCCUAGGUUGGGUCACAUUCACAGGCCUAGUAUGUCCAGGAGAAAAUGAUUGAUUUGUCCAGUGAUGGAUUCUGCAACUUCUAUUGGAAUUUCAGAUUGUGUCUAUAACUGCUUGUAGAGGGGCCUUGAGGCUGUGGAUAUAGCCUGGCCUCUGAGUGUUUAGUUCUUUUAAUCUUGUCAGUAAGUGCUCAGAGGUCUGCCUGCCUUUGUGAGGUAUAUGCCAAAAGGAAUAUAAAGCAAAGCAAGUAAAGUGUAUUUACUAGCAUUAAAAAUGUGUUUCAUGGAGAUUGGUUCAUUAUGGAAAUAAAAUCCUGCCUUAAGCCUGAGCUUCCUGA